AUGCUUUCCAAUCACAACACCAUUAAUAUACUCAACACUCGUCACUAUUUCCACUGUUUUUGGCCAAAAUGUCAUUACAAGACUAAAAAAACUGGGCAAUUAAAAGAUCAUCAAUUAAUUCAUUCAUUGAUAAAACAAUUCAAAUGUUAUUAUAUUAAUUGCAAUGCAUCAUAUAAAUUGAAAUCAGAUCUAAAACACCACAUAAAUAGUAUUCAUUUAAACGUGAGAUAUGUAUGCGAUUGGAGUGAAUGUGGCAAACAGUUUACAUCAAAACAAUCAUUACUUGAACACAAAAGUAGUGUUCAUUUGAAUGAAAUGCGAUUCAAAUGUAAUGAAGAAAAUUGUGGCAAAAGAUUUUCUCAAAAAGUCAAUUUAAUUCAACACAAACGCACUGUACAUUGCGAUGAAAAGCCAUUUAUUUGUCAUUUCAGUGAUUGUCACAAAUGUUUUAAAUGUAAAUCUACUUUAAAUAAACACCUGAAAAGACAUAUGAAUAUAAAGCCACAUAAAUGCAAUUAUAGUGAUUGUAGUAAAUGUUUUGUCACAAAACAUGAAUUACUAAAGCAUAUUGAGCGUAUUCAUAAUGCAAUACAAAACAUCAAUAAAAUGCAAUUUAACCCUCCACCAAUUAACACAUUCAUCUAUAAAGCAUUUAUCUAUAAAACAAUUCAAAUUAUGGCCUUAUCUCUACAUAACAAAACUAUCCAUUUUAAGUACACACCUGUUAAGAAUUAUAAUUGUUCAUGGCCAAAAUGUACAUAUAAAUCAUGUACAAAAAGUGUUAUUAGACAUCACCAAUUAAGACACUCUAACGAUAAAUAUUUCAAAUGUAAUUAUACAAAUUGUAACAAGGUCUUUAAAUGGAAACGAUCUUUAAUUCAACACAAAAAUCGGGAUCAUUUAAACGUGAGAUAUGUAUGCAAUUGGAGUGAAUGUCGCAAACAGUUUACAGCUAAAGGAGAUCUAAAUCAACACAAAAGUGCUGUUCAUUUGAAGGAAAAGCGAUUCAAAUGUAAUGAAGACAAUUGUGGCAAAUGUUUCACAACUAAGCCACAACUAAAUGUUCAUAAACUAUGCGUUCAUAUAUCGGGCAAAAUGUUUGCGUGCGAUUGGUGUGAAUGCGACAAAACGUUCAAAACAUUAUCCAAUUUAAAUCGACACAAAAGUAGUGUUCAUUUGAAUGAAAAGCGUUUCAAAUGUCAUGAAGAAUAUUGUGGCAAAAGUUUUGCACAAAAAGCAAACUUAAUUCGACACAAACUGUACGUACAUUCAAACGAAAGGCCAGUUGUUUGCCAUUUCAAUGAUUGUAACAAAAGUUUUAUAGAAAAUUGGGAAUUAAAACAACAUGUUACCAAGCAUAAUAUUUAA